GCUGUACGACAUCACUCGGCGAGUGUUCGCCAAGCAAGUGUGUAUAUUAUCGAUCGUACAAGAAAUCAUUGGUAUUCAGUUAGGUUCGUGAAAGUUGCUCCUUAAUCGACCAUAACCGUCGAUUGUUCCUUAUUGAUUCAUCGUACUUCAACCAACUUACGAAAAGAUGCUGCGCCUAUUAUUGGUAGCAGCUUUGGUAACAUUGUCGUUGGGAGUCCCCGCGCCACAGAACGAUGGAACCGAAGUACCAGAAGGGUUAGAUGACCUACAGAAAAGGGCCACCGAAUUCUUGAGCCGAGUCGACAAAUUAUACGCCGAAUGGAAUAACAAACAAACGUUGGCGGAUUGGGAAUAUGCGUCGAACUUGACCCCAGGAAACUUGGCGAAAAAGUUGAACGUGUCCUCGGAAGCGGCGCGUGUCACUAAAUCUAUCUGGAAGGAAGUGAACGAGUUCCCUUGGAGGGACAUCAAGGAUGAAAACAUCAGGAGACAGUUUUCGAAGCUCAGCGUUUUGGGCACUGCAGCUCUUCCUGAAGACCUGUUCCAAGAGUACGAAAAAAUUAUAAGUGAUAUGGAGAAUAUAUAUGCCACUGCAAAAAUCUGUGAUUACAAAGAUCGAAGUAAAUGCAAUCUCGCUCUUGAGCCGGAACUCACGGAGAUUCUGAUGAAGAGCCGCGACCCUGAAGAACUGAAGUAUAUCUGGGUCCAAUGGAGAAAAGCGACCGGUGAAAAAAUGAAAUCAUUGUACAAGAGAUACGUAGAAUUGAGUAAUAUGGCCGCUACGUUGAACAAUUUCACCGAUAAUGCUGCUUAUUGGAUGAAAGACUAUGAAGCUGAUGACUUCCCUGAACAAAUUGACGCGCUAUGGCAACAAUUGAAACCCCUUUAUUUGCAAUUACACGCCUACGUUCGACGAGAACUUCGCAAGAAAUAUGGCGAAGACAUUGUCUCGAAGGAUGGUCCUAUUCCAGCACAUCUAUUAGGCAACAUGUGGGCCCAAGCUUGGAGUAACAUUGCAGACUUUACAAUUCCUUAUCCAGGAAAACAAUUGCCAGACGUCACUGAUGCUAUGGUCAAACAAGGAUACAAUGCAACAACCAUCUUCCGAGUCGCCGAAGAUUUCUUCACUUCCAUAAACCUUACUGCGAUGCCUGAUCUGUUUUGGGAGAGAUCCAUCCUGGAGAAGCCGAAGGAUCGUGAACUAAUCUGCCAUGCGAGCGCCUGGGACUUUUACGACAGCAAAGAUUUCAGGAUUAAACAGUGCACCAGGGUCAAUACGGAAGAUCUGUUAACCGCACACCACGAAAUGGGUCACGUAGAAUAUUAUUUACAAUAUAAAAAUCAGCCCACCGUUUAUAAAGAGGGUGCCAAUCCUGGAUUCCACGAAGCUGUCGGUGAUGUUAUAGCACUCAGCGCAUCCACUCCGAGUCAUUUGAAAAAGAUCAAUUUGUUAGAAGAUGAUUCAACUGACAGAGAAGCGAAUAUCAACCAUCUUUACCUCAAGGGACUGGAUAAAAUUAUCUUUUUACCAUUUGCAUACAUGAUGGACAAGUGGCGUUGGAACGUAUUCCAAGGGAAAGUCACUCCAGAUAAUUACAAUUGCAACUGGUGGGACCUUGCCGAAGUUUUUCAAGGUAUUGAACCCCCGGUAGAUCGCUCAGAAGACGACUUUGACCCAGGCGCGAAGUACCAUAUAGUAGCUGAUGUAGAAUACAUCAGGUAUUACGUGAGUUUCGUGGUGCAAUUCCAAUUCCACAAGUCACUUUGUAUAGAGGCGAAACAGUAUGAUCCACAAAACCCGGAUUCAAAGCCACUGCACCAAUGUGAUAUUUAUAAUAACAAGGCAGCAGGAAACUUGUUGAAAUCCAUGUUAGAACUGGGAUCCUCUAAACCUUGGCCAGAUGCGAUGGAAAAAAUCACAGGUCAAAGGAACAUGGAUUCUGCUGGUCUGCUGGAAUACUUCAAACCACUGACUGAUUGGCUCACUGAGGAAAACAAGAAAACUAAUGAAUACAUUGGAUGGAAAUCUAGAGCAAAACAAUGCGUACAAACUAGAUCAGAAAUUGCGCCUGAAACAACUGAAACAACCGACGCUAUCGAGUAAAAAACACUUUCCUUUACUCGAAACAAACAAAAACGUUCGGAUAUAAAUUAAAUUACGCGACAAACACAAAAAACACAAGGAACUUAAUUUUAUAUACACCGAACAAAUAAAAAUUAAAAAUGGCACAACUAAUGUGGAAUAAACACAUUUUGAAAUACUAAAUUUUUAAAUAAAAGUUACAUUCCGUUUUA